CUGAAGGCGGCGGUGAUGGCAAAGUGAAGAGAUUAGAAACGCCUUGCAGGCUCAGCGCGAGCUCAGCGGCGCUGAGUGGAGCAGCCGUAUAGAUUCAGGACCGCGGACAGCGCGCUUCAUUUGCAAGAGGGGACGGUCCCUUUGGUGCCACACUGGGCGUUGUAGGAGCUAUCCGUUCAGCACCACUACCGCAAAAGCCAGUAUUAUUGUUAGUAUUAUUUUUAUUAUCCAAGAGAUGCCUUUUAACCAACUGUGUGUGUGUUUUUCUAAGAGCCGUGAAGCAGGAGAAGCUGACGUUUUAGCGGCAGCAAAACUGUGAUGAACUGUGAUGGAUUUUUUUCUUUCAUUUUCUUGUGGGUUGAAAACAUUAAAAAAGAAAAAAGGGAAUAAUGCAUCAAUUAAAAGACUCAUUCUAUUAGGUUUUUUUUCUGAAUAACAACAAGAAUAAAUAAAAGUAGGCGUUUUUCAUAUGAGAACCUCUUAGCAAACAGGACGCGUUUUAGUCAGUAGAAUUGGUUCAUUUAUCACGACUUCUGCCUGCAAGUAGGAGUCAUUUUUUCGUGUGUGGAAUAUGCUUUUAUCUUGAGAAAAAGAAAGACGCUUUUUUCCUAGCUGUUUUUUUUCAAUAUGGUACAUGACUGAACUUUGUGAUCUUGGUGUGACUGUUUUUUGUAUAUUAUCAAUUGAAAACAUAUACACCCCUUUUCCAUUUUCAGAUUAUUGACUGAAGAUAAAAGGGUUCCAUACAGUAUGUGUGAAGAGUAAAUUUGAAAGUCUCUGCUCGCGAAAAAAAAUAUCCACAACAAAAGUCUAAAAUAAUGGCAAUUCUUAAAGAUGGCGGGGUCCUGAUCCAAAAGACGUGUGUGAACUGUGAGCCCAGUAAAUUGCCCUCCCUCUAUUUGCCACUAUACAAUGAAGAAUUAUGAGGAUGUGUGACAGAGGAUUCCAAAUGUUGAUCACCACAGUUGGGGCUUUUGCAGCUUUUAGCCUGAUGACUAUAGCUGUUGGGACGGACUACUGGUUGUAUUCCAGAGGCGUAUGCAGGACUAAGUCCACAAAUGAUAACGAGACUAGUAGAAAGAAUGAAGAAGUGAUGACCCACUCCGGAUUAUGGAGAACCUGCUGUCUUGAAGGAUCCUUUAAAGGAGUCUGCAAGAAAAUCGACCAUUUUCUAGAAGAUGCAGACUAUGAACAGGACGCUGCGGAGUAUCUACUGCGAGCUGUGCGUGCCUCCAGUAUCUUCCCAAUCCUCAGUGUAGGGCUGUUGUUUUUGGGGGGCCUUUGUGUUGCUGCUAGUGAAUUCUACAAGAGUCGGCACAACGUCAUACUCAGUGCUGGCAUAUUUUUUGUAUCUGCAGGCUUAAGUAAUAUAAUAGGAAUUAUAGUGUACAUAUCUGCAAACGCUGGAGAUCCUGGGAAGAGUGACUCAAAGAAGAGCUACUCCUACGGCUGGUCGUUCUACUUCGGGGCCCUCUCGUUCAUCAUCGCAGAGAUGGUGGGAGUCAUAGCCGUGCACAUGUACAUUGAGAAACACCGGCAGAUGCGGGCCAAGUCCCGCACCGAGCUCUUCAAGAAGUCGGCCUUCAGUCGGAUCCCCAGCUACCGGUACCGCUUCCGUCGGCGGUCAAGCUCCCGAUCCACCGAGCCACGGUCCCGGGACGCCUCCCCAGUCGGCAAAAUCUUCACCGCACCCAUCUCCACGGAUAUAUCCUUGUACACCCUGUCCCGGGACCCCUCCAAGGCCACGAUGGGGACUCUCCUGAACUCGGAGAGAGACUUCUUACAAGUGCACAACUCCAUCCCUAAGGAUUUCAAAGAAUCAGCCAACAGGAGAACCACACCAGUGUGAAACAGGACUAGAGUAAAGACAACAUCAGGGCAGAGUCAUAGAAAACAAGAGUGGCUUGCCUGCCGUCAUGCAAUUUGCAGGCCUAGAACUUCUUGAUAAAAAAAAAAAAAACGUAUAAAUGGUUAGGUCAGUGGUGCUUCCUUUUGCUUCUCUUUUGUUUUCCAUACACAUACAAAAUUCCCCUGAGAUUUAUUGGGAGGUAACGUGACUUGGUUGCCCUAGUGGCAGGCACGUGAAAUGCGCAACAAGUGACUCUGUUUUAGUGAUGUCUGACAGGCUUAUGUUGUUAGCUUUUGUCUACUUCUUUCUUUCUUUCUUUCUUUCUUUCUUUACACCUCUAACAUACCCUGUUGUUGGUAAAUGUGUAACAUUUAAUGUGAGAUGACUGUUCACCUGUGAUUCACAGCGGAGAUGAUACAUGUGCUGGACAUGAUGCUCUGCCAUUAUCUUAGUAAACAUGGUUCCUGUUUUGUUUUUUAUAUAAUAAAUGUUUUAUUUAUGCAUGCAGAUAUUUUAGGCACAUCACAUACAACAAUUAUGAAACCAAUCAAUUUCAUAUAUUCCUUAAGCCAGCAGUGUUUUCAUGUUGUUUCAUUAUAAACAAUGGGGCCUACUACAUAGCUAUGUGGUACACAAGGUAACCUAGAUGUGAAAGCCGUUUUUGUAUUUAACUACCUUGUAGCAUUAUAUUAUGCUUUAUAUAUAUAUAUAUAUAUAUAUAUAUAUAUAUAUAUAUAUAUAUAUAUAUAUAUAUAUAUAUAUAUAUAUAUAUAUAUAAAGAAAUUUAUGUGUCUGGCUUUCAAACAGUAAGUUAAUAAAAUCAUGUUAUCCAUUAAAUCUGUCACAGCCAUUUGAAAUGUUGGCCAUGGAGAUUGGCGAGUUUGCUUCAAUUUUGGAAAAAAGGUCACACUAAAUCUUAAUUUAGGCUGAACAUGAUGUGAAUGAAAAAAAAAAACAGCUCGGCUCCCAUUUCUAUACUGUGUGAGAAAAACCUUUUACAGCCUUCUGGUGUUACUGAGUACCUUUGCUGGCCCCCAGAAUAAUCCACGUAUAAUAUGAAGAGAGGAAAAAAGCCUUUGCAGUACAAUAAUCCAACAUUCACUGUCUUUUACAGCACAAAACAGCAUUUCCUGCAGGUAAAAGGAUCCCAAACUAUCACACUGCAGCAGUCUUAUCCAAACCCUAUCUAUCCAAACUGGAUGAUUAUCCUAACUGACACCAAUGAAACAGCUCUAGACAGCCUUCAACAUGUGUGUUCUUGUAUUACGUACAGUAUUCGUCAAACUCUUUUCAUAACUUGUUUGAAUCAUUGAAUUUCUGCUUUACCCAUAAAAGUGAGUUUAAACACAA